AAAAAAAUCUAAUCCCAGUCCGAACCCAAGAAGAACAAGAAACAGAAUCAUCCAAACGAAAGAGAAAAAUUAGGGAAGAGGCGGUGGCGCCCGCGUGAUCGGAGUCAGGACGGCGGCGACGGCAGGGCGGCGGGGGAGGCUGACGGCGGAGAUGAAGGCUGCGAUGGAGGAGGUGGCGAAGAAGCUGACGCUGUGGCACACGCGGACGUUUCGGCCGAUGUUCACCCACGAUGAGCUGGAGCCCAUCAUGCUGGCGGCGGGGUUCGUGCCCCUGCCGUUGUAUGAGGCGGCGGCGCCGGGGGGCGGUGGGACGGCGUGGAAGGAGUACAAGUACCGGGCGGCGGCGGAGGGGGAGAUGCUGCCGCGGCCGCGGCUGCCGUACCCGAGGAUCGACGGGCUGCACCUGAUGGCGUACAAGGCCUUCUUCCUCGCCCUCGAGUUCUACCUCGGCGCCCACCUCGUCCCCGAACUGUUCCACGUCAGGACCAUGUCUCUCACUAAGGCGCAGGACGGAGACAUCGACAGAACCUAUCGUCCCAUGAGAGAAUGCGAGAUGGAAUUGGAAGGAGAAUGGAUUCUCGCGUAUCGUGACGGCACUUUGGAUAGCUUCACAAAGAUGAUCUGCAGCAAGGAUGAAGAAGAUGGCAGCAUCAGCGAAAAAGGCCUCAAGAAAAUGAAUAGCUAUGACGACAGCAAUAGCCCUGCCAGCUUAAUGAACUUCGUUGCUUGGAAGGACCUUUUACCGAGCACAGAUAUCGCUGGCUAA